AUGGCCGACUCUCAACCUUCAUCCCAAGCGAACGGGUCACAAGAGCAGCCUCCUGCCUCCACACCAGCUGAGACUGCCGACUCUGCCAUCAAGCCCGAACCCGAUAUCGACGCUUCCAUCGAGCAGGAUAUCGAUAUGAAUGCCGAUCAGACCGCGCAGGGCGCCAAUCCCGAUGACACCGUCGAUCCCAUCGCCGCUGCGCCGCAGCCGUCCAAGAAGGAAACCAGUCUGCGCGAGUUCUUGAGCAAGAUGGAUGACUAUGCGCCGAUUAUUCCCGACGCCGUCACAGCCCACUACCUCACCCUCGCCGGCCUGCCGCCACCGGGUACAGGUCCCAACCAAACCCCACCACACCUCGCCCGUCUCCUCGCGCUCGCGACACAAAAGUUCGUUUCCGACAUCGCAGCCGACUCAUACCAGUUCGCUCGCAUCCGCGCCUCCAACAGCUCCUCCGCCAACAACCCGAUUGGUAAUUUGAACGCCGCGUCCGGUCUAGGCGGUCCAGCUGGCCCCGGGGCAGCGCCAUUUGCCGGCGACGGAGGAAAAGGCAACAAGGCCAACACGCACCUCGGCAUCCAGCGUGCUGGAUUCGGUGGCGGUGGUUCCGGCGGUACUGGGCAAGGACGAACCGUGUUGACGAUGGAGGAUCUGGGCAUGGCCGUAUCAGAGUACGGCGUGACCGUGAAGCGGGGCGAGUUCUAUCGGUAA